AUGAUCGAUGAUAGUGAUAGAGAGUUGGAAUCAGACUACGAACGAGAUAGAGAUAUCGACGACCGCUCUCUAUCGCUGGACGAGUGUUCCAGCACACAUUGCACCGAGGAGAUAUUCGACUAUAGUGAAAGCGACGAGGAGUAUACCGACUUUAUUGACCUCAACGACGAACCAACAUCCGAUAACAUACCAACAACAAUGAUCUCCAAUAACAACAACAACAACAAUGUAUAUAAUAGUAGUGGCUCAUCCAACAUAGAGUAUCACAAGAGGAGUAUAAAGAAGAAGAAGAUAUCAACUUCAAAGAGAACCAGCAAUAUCACUGGUACCAAUCUCCAACAACAAUCAAAUCCAUCAACUCCAACACAAUCUAUUCGUCACAAGAAUAACAACAACAACAACAACAACAACAGCAACAUCAACAAUAUUAUUUGCAACGAUGCAAUUGAUGAAGAUGAUAACUGUGAUAGUGACGACGAGGAUGGACUCAAUCAAUUCUCCCAACAGAUAUUGGAGUUCCAUCGUUUCGUUAUGAUUCCCGAUGCAGAGUCCACGGUCCAUGUCCAUCCACCAAGUACAUCAUCAGGUCUUACAUUGCGUCCUCCAUCGGCCAUUGUAAAUCUAUCAAGCUUCAAUAUUGCCAGUUGUUGA